GUCACGAAGUUCCUCUGGUAACCACAUGACUCCUUACUGGUUUUGGGACAUAAUAAAAGGAUCACGGGGUUACGUUGAUGUAACUAGGCAACGUCAGCUCCACCAGUCGGACCAGCUAGCUCCAACUGACAGCCUUCAAGGGAAAGAUGGCGACGCGAGUUCUUCAGAGAGUGGUAGGCACGGGCCUCAAGCAGACGAGGACCGGGCAGUUCACGGCUGUCGUGAGGAGCCUCUCAGCUUACCAAGAAGACAGCUGGUUCAAGUCUCUGUUUGUUAGAAAGGUCGACCCCCGAAAAGACGCUCACUCUCAUCUGCUUGCCAAGAAGGAAGACAACAAUCUGUACAAAAUACAGUUUCACAAUGUCAAGCCUGAGUGCCUUGAUGCUUACAAUGAACUUUGUGCGGACGUCUUGCCUUCCAUUCAUGCUGACCCUGAAUUCCCUUGUGAGCUUGUGGGCACCUGGAACACAUGGUACGGAGAGCAGGAUCAGGCAGUUCACCUGUGGAGAUAUCAGGGAGGAUACCCGGCUCUCACCGAAGUCAUGAACAAACUCCGGCUGAAUGAGAAGUUUACGGAGUACAGGAAAGAGAGGGGCAAGAUGCUGCUCUCUCGUAGGAAUCAGCUGCUGCUGGAGUUCAGCUUCUGGAACGAACCGGUCCCUCGUCCAGGACCCAACAUCUAUGAGCUCCGAUCAUACCAACUCAGGCCAGGGACGAUGAUCGAGUGGGGAAAUUACUGGGCUCGUGCCAUUGAGUUUCGCCAGCAGAAUCAAGAGGCAGUGGGAGGCUUUUUCUCACAGAUUGGACAUCUGUACACGGUUCACCACUUAUGGGCUUACAAAGACCUUCAGUCCAGAGAAGACACAAGAAAUUCCGCCUGGCAGCAUGACGGCUGGGAUGAGGUGGUUUAUUACACGGUCCCUCUCAUUCAGAACAUGGAAUCUAGAAUAAUGAUUCCCAUGAAGAGUUCGCCCUUGAAGUAACCACAACCAUCGGGGAACCUCUCAACAGCCACUGCAACUGUCUCACGGAUCUGCCAGGGAAAUCUGCAUAACAUCCAUGUGCUGUUCACAUUUUUGUUUUUCAUUUCUUGUUUGUUGCUUCACGCCCCCUUUCUCUGUGGGCCUUGAAUGAGGUUUAAAAACGGAUCUGUUCCCGACCCAUCGAUGCGCUUUGUGGAGACCAACUAUUCUUUCACAUGCUCCUCCUUAUCUCUGUGUCUAUCUUUUGAAACGUCCGGUUUUAGGAGGAUUGUUGUGUUCUUUAUUUUGAUGAUUUAAAAACAUCAGUGUGAGUGUGAUACCAGAUGGAUCAAACAUUUAGCAGUUCUAGUGCUGGUCACGGGCUGAAAAUGUCUAAAGAGCUUUCAGAACAAAAUUACUUGUAAGCUCUGUUGCAAGUAGCACUAGCAAGUAACUGCUUCCAGUAUCUCAACAAACGCUUCCUCCAGAGCUCACAGUCUCGCUAUCAAUAUGUAUUGAAUAAACUUCUUUACAUUUUACAGUUGUACAAAGAGGAGCAUACUUAUUAUUAUUCGGUGUUCUGAAAUCAACAAUGAAGAUGAUUAGCAUGUAUUGUAGGGCCACAGACUUGCAUCACAUUAAGUACAAUUUCAAUGUAUGUUCCAGCAAACUCAUUAUGGUGUUAUUUGUCUGGAUGAAAUGUUUCAUAAGAUGUAUUAAGACACAUACAUUAAAGGUGACUAAUGCACCACAAGUGUCUUAUAGUCAAAACAGUGAGUGUGUGGUGAAUCUGCACACGGUGUCAUUUUAUCGUCACAUCAUGAUUCUCCUGGCUCAUCCAGCUGUUGCGAGGGAGACGAGCUGAUUAAAAUGAUUAGAGACUGUUUUCUAAUCUCAAAACUAAUCAGUAACUAAACUGCUAUGCACUCAUAAAUUUGACUUAUCCCUUUGUUAAGACAUUAUUGCCAACUGGGUUAUUGUGUGCUCUAAUCUGGGAUUUUUAUUAAUGAUCAAAUUGUAGAGAGGAUAAAUAUCACCAUGUGGUAAUUGUGAAUUGCAGUGCUUUAAUAAGAUUAAUUCAAUUCAUUAAUUGUACAUAUACAAUUACAUUUCUGAUGAAAAUAAACAAGUCUUGCACUCCUUU